AUGGCUUCACCCAGUGGCCCCAGGAAUGACUGCUCCCAUGUUAUCGAUCACAGCCACGUUCCAGCUUUUGAAGUGGCCACCUGGAUCAAAAUCAUCCUCAUCGUGGUGUAUCUGCUCAUCUUUGUGGUGGGCAUCCUAGGGAACAGCAUAACCAUCCGGGUGACCCAGGUGCUGCAGAAGAAAGGCUACUUACAGAAAGAGGUCACGGAUCAUAUGGUGAGCCUGGCUUGCUCCGAUAUCUUGGUCUUUCUCAUUGGCAUGCCCAUGGAAUUCUACAGCAUCAUCUGGAACCCAUUGACUACACCCAGCUAUGCCCUGUCCUGUAAGCUUCACACGUUCCUGUUCGAGACCUGUAGCUAUGCCACACUGCUGCACGUCCUGACACUGAGCUUUGAGCGCUAUGUUGCCAUUUGCCACCCGUUCAGGUAUAAGGCUGUAUCAGGGCCCUGCCAGGUGAAGUUGCUGAUUGGCUUCGUCUGGGUCACCUCUGCCCUGGUGGCAUUGCCUUUGCUUUUUGCCAUGGGUAUUGAGUACCCCCUGGUGACUGUGCCAAGUCACCGGGGUCUCACUUGUAACCGUACCCUCACUCGCCACCAUGAGCAGCCUGAGACCUCCAACAUGUCCAUCUGUACCAACCUCUCCAGCCGCUGGCCUGUGUAUCAGUCCAGCAUCUUCAGUGCCUUCAUCAUCUACCUUGUGGUCCUGGUCUCUGUGGCCUUCAUGUGCUGGAACAUGAUGCAGGUGCUCAAGAGAAGCAAAGAGGGCACAGUGGCUGGGAAGGGGCGGCAGACACAGCUGAGGAAGUCAGAAAGUGAGGAAAGCAGGACGGCCAGGAGGCAGAUCAUCAUCUUUCUGAGGCUGAUCGUGGUGACGUUAGCUGUGUGCUGGAUGCCAAACCAGAUUCGCAGGAUCCUGGCCGCGGCCAAACCCAAGCACGACUGGACCAAAGUCUAUUUCCGGACGUACAUGAUCCUGCUGCCCUUCUCAGACAUCUUCUUCUACCUUAGCUCUGUGGUCAACCCACUUCUGUACAAUGUAUCCUCACAGCAGUUCCGCAGCGUGUUCUGGCAGGUGCUGUGCUGUCACCUGACACUGCAGCACGCCAACCAAGAGAAGCAGCUGCGCACCUCGGCACAGAGUGCCCGCUCCGUCCGCCCACUGAUCUUCACGUCUUCCUGGCGCUAUUCAUCUGCAAGGAGAACUAACAAGAUUUUCUUGAGCACUUUUCAGAGUGAGGCCAAGGUGGACUCUAAGCCUGCACAACGGAGUCUCAAUUCGCUAGAGCCCAACUCAGAGAUGAAACUAGUGAUGGAUACUGCUGGAGCCAAUUCUACUGCAGAGAGUGGUCUCCAGGAGCUGGAAGUGUGA